UGAAUGUCGAAGGGAAAAAGUUGUGCACUUAGAAAAAAGUGUGAGUGACAAGAAAAUCCACAAAAUUUCAAUUUUAACUGAGAAAUACCUAAUGAAUUAGUGCUUAAUUAAAUUCAAAACAUCAAAAAUCAAGUUAUGUCGCUUUUCACAAAUUUGCUGCAGAGAUUCAUCAAUCCAGUUUCUCAACAACUCCGUUCAAAGACAUAUUACUAUUCCGAGAAAGCUGCAAAAGGUCCAAUAGUCAAAAGAUGGGGAUAUAAAGAUAACUUAAUCACAUCCAGACAUGGAAUGUUGCCUAGAAUUGAUAAUGGUCGUGCACUCCCAAUGCCGAUUUACAAACCCAAAAAUGCAUGGUGUGAGAAGCGUGCUUUGUUUGGACAGAAUGAUUAUAUCGAUAUUUUAGGAAAUGAUAAUUUACAUCCAUCAAAAGUCCUUUAUAAUGUUCCAUCAUGGCUGAGAGGUGUUGGCGGUAAUGAAUUUAGCGUAAUGUUAAGAAAGAAGAAGAUGCUGAAGAAAACAGCAUAUCCAGUUGCGAGACCAACAAAAUGGGCACAAUUAGACAAACGCAUUUCAUACCUUUACAAAUGGCUUAAUAGAAAGACCAAGACAUAAAUCUCCUGCCUGUAUGUAUGAUAGAAAAGUGAAUUAAAAUAGAUUUUUAAAACGAUACACAAUAAUUUAUUAAAUAAAUACAGUAAAGUAUAAAAAUUGAUCAUCU